CCCGCCCCGCCCCUCCCGCAGGGAUGCCAGCGCGGCUGCGCGGGUGACCCAGGGACAGCAUUUCCCCGGAGCUGCAGCCCCCGCCUGGGGGGGAUGGGCACAAUCACGCGAGAUGGACGAGAAGAUCAAGAAAGCCGAGGAGAUGGCCCAGAGGCUCACCCGAGCAGUGGCUGGUGGGGAUGAACAGGUAGCUAUGCAGUGUGCCAUCUGGCUGGCAGAGCAGCGGGUGCCCCUGAAUGUGCAACUGAAGCCUGAGGUCUCCCCGACACAGGACAUCAGGCUGUGGGUGAGCGUGGAGGAUGCACAGAUGCACACGGUCACUAUCUGGCUCACAGUGCGUCCUGACAUGACGGUGGCCUCCCUCAAGGACAUGGUGUUCCUGGACUACGGCUUCCCGCCAACCCUGCAGCAGUGGGUGAUUGGGCAGCGGCUGGCUCGGGACCAGGAGACCCUGCACUCCCACGGGGUGCGGCGGAACGGGGACAGCGCCUACCUCUAUCUGCUGUCAGCCUGCAACACCUCACUCAACCCUCAGGAGCUGCAGCGGGAGCGGCAGUUGCGGAUGCUGGAAGAUCUGGGCUUCAAGGACCUCACGCUGCAGCCACGGGGCCCCCUGGAGCCGGUUCCCCCGAAGCCCGGGGCCCCCCAGGAGCCCGGGCGGGGGCAGCCCGAUGCCGCGCCGGAGCCCCCGCCGAUGGGCUGGCAGUGCCCCGGCUGCACCUUCAUCAACAAGCCCACGCGGCCGGGCUGCGAGAUGUGCUGCCGGGCGCGGCCCGAGGCCUACCAGGUCCCCGCCUCGUACCAGCCAGAUGAGGAGGAGCUAGCGCGCCUGGCCGGUGAGGAGGAGGCGCUGCGCCAGUACCAGCAGACCCUGACCCUGACCCUGACCCGUCCCACGGCCCUGCCCCCGUGUGCCCAGCGGAAGCAGCAGCAGCAGGAGGGGAACUACCUGCAGCACGUGCAGCUGGAUCAGCGGAGCCUGGUGCUGAACACCGAGCCCACCGAGUGCCCCGUGUGUUACUCGGUGCUGGCGCCCGGCGAGGCCGUGGUGCUGCGCGAGUGUCUGCACACCUUCUGCAGGGAGUGUCUGCAGGGCACCAUCCGCAACAGCCAGGAGGCCGAGGUCGCCUGCCCCUUCAUUGAUAACACCUACUCGUGCUCGGGCAAGCUGCUGGAGAGGGAGAUCCGGGCGCUCCUGAGCCCCGAGGACUACCAGCGGUUUCUGGACCUGGGCAUCUCCAUCGCGGAAAACCGCAGCGCCUUCAGCUACCACUGCAAGACCCCGGACUGCAAGGGGUGGUGCUUCUUCGAGGAUGAUGUCAAUGAGUUCACGUGCCCUGUGUGUUUCCACGUCAACUGCCUGCUUUGCAAGGCCAUCCACGAGCAGAUGAACUGCAAGGAGUACCAGGACGACCUGGCCCUGCGGGCUCAGAAUGACGUGGCUGCCCGGCAGACGACAGAGAUGCUGAGGACCAUGCUGCAGCAGGGCGAGGCCAUGCACUGCCCACAGUGCCAGAUCGUGGUGCAGAAGAAGGACGGCUGUGACUGGAUCCGCUGCACUGUCUGCCACACUGAGAUCUGCUGGGUCACCAAGGGUCCCCGCUGGGGCCCUGGGGGCCCCGGAGACACCAGUGCGGGCUGCCGCUGCCGGGUGAAUGGGAUUCCUUGCCACCCCAGCUGUCAGAAUUGCCACUGAGCUGAGGAUGGCCUGGUCCCCAUGCUGACCCAGCCCCACAUCUGCAGGCUGCUGUGGGACAGGGCUGGUGCUUUGGCUCUGAUUUCUGGCCUGGGAGGUGCCUUUGCUCUUGGCUGAGACAGGAGCCCUGAAGAGGCCCGGGCCCUUGAGCUGCGUGGAUGGCCUUGUUUGCUGUGGGCGUCGUGGGGGGCCUGCCUGAGCUGGCCGUUGUCCACAGCCCCAUCUGUCCCAGUGCCUUUGCCCUUCCCCAGGGGCCUGCCAGCCAGACCUUUCAUCUCCUCUCUGCAGCUCCCACUCUGCCUAACCCAGCCUUAAACACAGCCCUGGCCAGAGGCCUUGCUGGAUGGAGUCCACAGCCCCCAUCCACCCCCUUGUCUGUUGAACCCUGUGCAUUCACAGCCCGCCACCUCCCCUGUGAGCUUUCUGGGGGUGACUUUUUUUGGCUUUGCUGUUGGAGGCCUGGGGCCUCUUAGAAUUGCUGCUAAUCCUGCUCAGAGCCAGGAGGAAGACCUGGCAGUUUCCAAAGCACAGCAUAGCUGGUCCGGCUUCCGUGGCUCUGUCUCUGCCGCCUGUGUAAGCUAAUUAAAAUGGUUUCCCAGGAA